AGACCCCGCCCGCGGUUGGCCUGGCAACGGACUGCGCUCGCGACUCCGCCCCCUGCUGGCGGCGGCGCGGUGCGGGGCGGGUGGACCCGCUUGCAGGCGGCGCGGGAGGGCGGAGGAGGGAGCCGGGGCGGCGGAGCGUGUGUGCCACCCGCGGACCGGUCACGUCCUCGCGCGGCCGCCGGCACCCGCUUCGUGCAGAACCAGAGCGCCACAGCCCUACGCUCGCGGCCCCGCCCCGCCGGGUGCAGCUCGACCGACGCACGAAGCCGCGCCCGGGAGGUGAAGGGCCGGAUGCGAGGCAGGGAGCCGGAGCAGCCUGAGGCAGGGGGGCCUCAGGGAGCGCUGGGCCCUCCAGCCGUGCUUAGAAACAUCGCCACAGCAACCAGCGAGCAGACAGAAGUAGCCUGGGCAGACGCAAGCGGACAGCUUCCUACCGUGGCAGAGUACAGGGAAUGACUACGGCAAAUCAGGCCACACUGCCGACAAGGGAGGUGGAGUGUCACUAGAGGGGAGGGUGUGGUCUCUGCCCCACGACACUGAGCGCCAUGCCCACAGGAGAAGAGGUGCUGGGGCAGGGAUUGCACUGUGACACGGCCUCGCCCCAUAGCCAGUGCUGAGCGCGCCCGGGUCAGCUGCCUCUCUCGUCUGCCCGGCCCACAUUUCAGCAUCCCUCCUUGGGACCAUUCUGUUUGGCAAGGGGGAGAGGCACCCAUCCUGUGUCCCGCAUCCAGGGGGUACGUCUGCUGCUGCCGGACCAUGGGAUGUCGGCAAAGCUCAGAGGAAAAAGAGGCAGCGCGGCGGUCGAGGAGAAUUGACCGCCACCUGCGCUCGGAGAGCCAGCGGCAGCGCCGUGAGAUCAAACUUCUCCUGCUGGGCACCAGCAACUCGGGCAAGAGCACCAUCGUCAAGCAGAUGAAAAUCAUCCACAGCGGUGGUUUCAACCUGGAGGCCUGCAAGGAGUACAAGCCCCUCAUCAUCUACAACGCCAUCGACUCGCUGACCCGCAUCAUUCGGGCCCUGGCUGCCCUGAAGAUCGAUUUCCACAACCCUGACCGUGCCUACGACGCCGUGCAGCUCUUUGCCCUGACUGGCCCGGCAGAGAGCAAGGGUGAGAUCACGCCCGAGCUGCUGGGUGUCAUGCGACGGCUCUGGGCUGACCCCGGGGCCCAGGCCUGCUUCGGCCGCUCCAGCGAGUACCACCUGGAGGACAACGCCGCCUACUACCUGAAUGACCUGGAGCGCAUCGCGGCGCCCGACUAUAUCCCCACGGUGGAGGACAUCCUGCGCUCUCGGGACAUGACCACGGGCAUUGUGGAAAACAAGUUCACCUUCAAGGAGCUUACCUUCAAGAUGGUGGACGUGGGAGGGCAGAGGUCAGAGCGCAAAAAAUGGAUCCACUGCUUUGAGGGCGUGACGGCCAUCAUCUUCUGUGUGGAGCUCAGUGGCUAUGACCUGAAGCUUUAUGAGGACAACCAGACGAGCCGAAUGGCGGAGAGCCUGCGUCUUUUUGACUCCAUCUGCAACAACAACUGGUUCAUCAACACCUCCCUCAUCCUCUUCCUGAACAAGAAGGACCUCCUGUCGGAGAAGAUUCGGCGUAUCCCGCUCAGCGUCUGCUUCCCCGAGUACAAGGGUCAGAACACGUACGAGGAAGCCGCGGUCUACAUCCAGCGUCAGUUCGAGGACCUAAACCGAAACAAGGAGACCAAGGAGAUCUACUCGCACUUUACCUGUGCCACCGACACCAGUAACAUCCAGUUUGUCUUCGACGCAGUGACAGAUGUCAUCAUACAGAACAAUCUCAAGUACAUUGGCCUUUGCUGAGGAGCCGGGCGCAGCCUGCUUGCCUGCGGUGAAAACCCACGGGGUGUCACACCCCACACCUCAUGCUGGAGAGGCCCGACCCAGGGGCAGGAAACGGGGGAGUGGCUUGAAGAGUGUGUCCCCACCCCCACCCCCAGCCUCUCUCGCCUCCUUGGCCCCACGUCUCUGCAAACAUAAAUAUAUUUGGAUAGAUUGCUAGGUAGGUAGACACACAGACACACGCACACGCACACGCGCACGCACGUCUGGAGACGGCAACGCUCUCCGGCAGUCAAGGUUUCCUGAAGUUUUCAGAAGCUGCUGUCACAAUUUCAUUCUGAGGCCAUCUUGCCCCCCCCAUCCCCCAUCCACUCUGAGUCGGGCCCCCGCUCUGCACGGGAGGGAGGGUCCACGUUUGACUGCCGAGGAGGGGCCGGCGGGGCUGGGGCCAGGUCCGGCCAGCUGUGCCCAUUGCCUGGGAGAAGGCCAGCUCACCACCUGAGCUCUGGACUGGGGACCACCACUGACCAGGAGGGAGGGCCGGGGCAGGGACUGUACCUUCCCGUCUCAGCCACUCUGUGCCACAUUUGUCCUGUACCUAGGACCAGAGGAAACAAGUGACUGCUCUCACCAGACCUCUGACUACCAGUGGCUUUUACAAAAACAGCUUAAAAAGUGUGCAGCAAAAAACCUAACACAGGCUGAGGAGUGGCACUGUUUAUUUCAAACUAGGCCAGCUGGGUUUCCAGUUCUUCUUCUACUGGUCUGAUGUUUUAUAAAUGGAAACCUGGUUUUUCUUCUCUAGCACCCUUCUUUUUUUUUUUUUUUUAAAUUUUUAUUUUCGGCCAAAUAUUAUGUCUCACGGAGGGGGAAAAAAAAAAACUACAGACAAUUUCAGAUGUGAUCAGAUAUUCUUUUUUAAAUGCGGGUUUUCGGAACACGUUUCAUUUCGGGCGUCCCCUUCUGUGUCUGGUUUGCUGAGUAUAGAAGUUGUCACCUGGACGAUUCUGCUCCUCGGCUCCAAAGAAUCCUGGGGCAAGUGUCCCACGCCAGCCUCAUGGGACAUAUUAUGUAUAUAAGCCUCUGCAAUGUUCUCUUGUUCUUGGUGCCCUUUUCUGCUUUAAAUAAAAUGUGAUGUAUUUAAAGAAGGUUCUUUACCUAGGAGCGAAUGAACAAUAGCUAAAUGUCCUGGUAUUUAAAGUGUAAAUUAUCUAUGGCUUUGCCAAAAUGAAGGAAGGGGGGAGGCGGGCAAGAGAUGGCGCUCCUCGGUCCCCACACACUCCACGCCUGACACGGGCUGGGAGCUGCUCAGACUCCUGUGAAGGCACAGCUAGACUUGUGGCCUGAAGGAGGCCCUGCUGGGACUGUGCACUCCGGCCCUUCUAGCCCCAGGGCCCACAGACGCUGGUCUUGAAAGAGCCUUGGCUGUGUAUAAAUGCAAAGCCCAGCUACCGAGGGGAUGGCAACCACUGGAUCCCUGGCCAAAUCUCUCUCGACCCUUUGUUUGCUACCCGUGUGUCCGAGGUCAGUGUGCAGACCCGCAGCCAAGGAGCUGGAAUGUUUAACAGAGGGAGAAGAGCUGGGGAACCGUAUAAAACUCGAAGAUUGUCUACUUUAAGAAAUAAAAUACCCUGAACGGAGCCAAA